UGAUUUAAAAUUAAUUUGUUUUUAAUCGGGCAUAUUGCUGCAAACUGAAGCCAUCGAAGUGAAGGACAUUCCAGGAUAGUUUGUACAUGUGGGCGAGCAAAUGAAAGCGCAUUAAAAAUGUAGAGGUGUGCAAAAAUUGUUAAUCGCCGUGAGUAAUGUACGAAACAAGAAGCUAUAUAAAGUUUAGGUAGAAAUAAAAAACACCAUUUGCGACAUGAAGGUCUUGCUUAUAUCGGUAUUCCUGAUUGUCAUCUUUGCUCUGACGACUUGCAUGACGCCACCGCCACUGCCAAAUCCAAACAAUGAACCAAAAGCUGCCAUUGAUUGUGCCAAAGAACACAGAAUUCCCAUGAAGGAAGCCUCUGGUAUUUUAAUGGGACGCAACUUAAAAAGAAUAACUCAGAAUGUCAAGUGCUUCGUAUAUUGCUACUUUGAGAAAUUAAAGGCCAUGGAUAAGGAAAAGGAAAAACUCGAUAAAGUUAAGAACAACUGCGAUUCCAUCAAGAACAACGAUAAGUGCGUCGAGUCCUUUCAAAAGUUAAAAUGCUUCCACAAAAGUUAAAAUAGGAAAUUGAUCCUUCUUUCUUUACAAUAAAGAAAUGUGUUGUUAACUAUAUAAACUAUAUAACUAUAAUUAAAUUAAUUUUAUUGCUAAAAAUAAAAAUCAAUUCUUUCUGAAA